AUGUUGGAUUACAUAGUUUUAGCUGAAUUCGAUAUCAACCAAGGUUCAGUAAUUAGAUAUUAGCAUCCUGCACCUAUUCCAAAUGUAGAACCUGGCAUCAUUGCUUCUUACAUGCUACCAGAAGGAGGACAUAAUAGAUCCUCAGAUAGCACUUACUUCAUAGUUAAUAGAAAAAAGUCUAAAGAUCUACUUACAGAUAUUCAAAAAAUCAUUUCAGAUUAGAGUGGAUUUCUUUCAUAAAGGUAUUUAACUCCCCAGAGGAUGGAAUAGAUCAAAGCCUUUAGUCUUAAGAAGCCAGCAAUUGAUGUGAAACUGUUUCAAAUUCUUGAUCUCAAGUGGAUAUCAUUUUACUCUGAUCUUGAUAAUAGACAACUUACUUUUAAAGUUGUUGUCAGAAAUGAUAGAGAAUUUACUCUGGUGGUAUGUGAUACUAAUUAAGACAAAAAUAUCUCUCUUGAGAUCAAGAGCCACCCAUUCUUAAACUUCACUCAUUAUCAAGGCACAAAAAAAUUUAGUUUUUAAAAUGAAAAAGGCAACAUAUUCGGAGUAGAAUUGUCAGCCGGGUCAGAUUUCAACAUCUAAGAUUUGGCUUAGAUUAUAUACUUUUCUCCGUAUAAUCAAGUUGACAUUGAGCUUACCUAGACUUAAAAUACUUUUUUCUUCAACUCAUAAAUGAAAAACAAACUUGACACUAAAGCCAAAAGAGGUGCUAUUGUCAAAGCACUGGCAAUCGGCUCAAAGAAUAAAUGCGUACUUGAAAGUUUUAAGAAAGUUAUUAAUUAAGUACUUGAAUGUAUUUUUGAGGUAGAGGAUUUGUAAAAGACUCCAGAAUAAAAUUUGAACAAUAUAAAAACGAUAAUAACUCAGCUCUAUGAAGCAUCUAACUCAUAGGAUGUUUAUAAAGCCAUUCCUCAAGCUGAUUAUAUCAAGAGAAGAGUGUAUCAUCAAAUUGGAAAGAAUCUAGCUGAUAUCAAUGACCCAGGUCUUUAUAAAACUGUUGAUAAAGUUUUCUAUGGCAAUAAGAGUAAAGUUUGUAUACCACAAGUAUUAAACUCCGAUGAAAUAGCAUCUACUUCAAUUAAAAAAUUUGUUUUGAAAUUCGGUGAAAGAACAAUGCUAAUUUAUGACUCAUUACUAUCUGAAAAAAGAAUCUUAUUUUCAGGUGCGCUUGAGUUUUCUGCAGAUGAGAUUUAAGAAUUUGCAAUAGCAUGCGCAUCACUAAUAAGUCCAAUACUUGGUCCUGGGAUAAUUUAGAAGUUGCAUCCUUAUGCAGCUCUGAGUAAUUUGGACUUCUUAGAAGAAACUGGUUAUAUAGCUGGUGUCACCAAUCCCAUGUUCAAAUAGAGAGGUAACUGGCAUGAUGUAUGUUGUGAGAUUGACAUCGGAAAACUUAAAGUUUCCAGAACUAAAGAUUUUUAUGUUUAUGAAUAAGAGAAGUACUACAACUUAGAUAUGGAUUUUAUCAGACCUUUGAUUGCUAGAAUCAAAAGUCAUUCUAUUAAUGAUGAAGAGUUAAAGAGAGCUUUUGAAUCAUAUACACUUCUAAUGCUAGACCUAGCUUUUAAGGAUGAUCCUUUAAGUAUAAGUCUUAGUUCAAGUGGUGGCAACAACUUGAAUAAUAAUAGUAUUGUAAACAGAAGUGAAGAAUUGACACAUGAAAAUGAGAAACUAUAAGAUCUUUUAUAUCAGAGAAUUAGAAGAUUCUAAAAGACUAAUCUAUACAAGAUAUAGAGAUUCUUGAUUAAAUUCAAGGAGCAAGACUAUAAAUCGAAUAUUAACCUAGCUCUCAUUGAAACACUAUUAAGAAAACUAAGAAUUAGCAGAGAAAUUUCAUCAGAAAAGGAAGUAUUGAGCAUAUUUGUACAUAUUAAUAGAUAUUUACAAGAUGAAGAUGCAGUUACCAAGCUUUUGUAUCUCCUACCCAACUCAAGAGAGGGGAUAGUUGCUAUUGCGCAAGGAUUAUUUUCCCCAAAUGAAGAAGUAGAAAGACUAACCACUGAAAUUCUUAAAAAAAUAGAGUCAACAGAAGCGGGGAAGUGCUUUAUUUCCAACUUAAACUACUUUUUUAUGCUUAAAUAUCAGUACAAUCUAUAUCAUAAAGAUAUUGCUAUUAAUAAGUGA